GUCUUCCUGGGCAACCUCCCGUGGUCGGUCACCGAUGAGCAGAUCAAGGAGGUUUUUGCCAAGUGCGGCGAGAUCACGAAGAUCGAGUGGCUCACGCACGCGGACUCUGGCAAUAUCGAGGGCUCCGGCUACCUCCAGUUCGCCUCCGCCCACGCCGCGGACGCGGCCACCGAGCUCAACGGCAACGACCUCGACGGCCGGUCGAUGAAGGUUGAGGUUGCA